CCGGGCCUUUCUAUACUAUGGAUGGUAUUCAUGGGAGUGAUUCUCGUAUGCACAUGAGUGAUGCACAACAUUCGAUGCAUGUGCCCUAUGUGCCAGAAAACGAACAACAUGGAUUGGACCAUAUGAGUGAUGGAAAUAGGAUGGAGGACAAUAACAACUGUGGUGAUGCUAAUGUCAGCAGACAUGAGAGUGUAGAAGGAGAAGUUUCCAACCCUGGAAAUGUCACUGACGAUCAUGGUGCGAUAAUUGAACAAGCUAGUGGUGACCAGCUCACAUUGUCUUUUCAAGGCCAGGUUUAUGUAUUUGACUCUGUGUCGCCGGAAAAGGUUCAAGCUGUGCUGCUACUAUUGGGAGGCCGUGAAGUACCUUCCAUGUCUGCAAAUCCAAUGAAUGUUCACCAUAAUAACCGGGAUAUGUCUGGGACUCCAAUGAAACUCAGUGUCCCUCAAAGAUUAGCCUCAUUGAUUAGAUUUCGGGAAAAGCGGAAAGAACGAAAUUUUGAAAAGAAAAUACGUUAUACUGUUCGUAAAGAAGUGGCAUUAAGGAUGCAGAGAAAUAAAGGUCAAUUUACGUCUUCCAAGUCGAACCCUGAUGAGUCUGCGCCAGCUGCAACAAAUCUGGGGACAAAUGAAAACUGGACAUCAGAUAAUAUUGGAUCCCAACAGCAGGAUGUUGUCUGUAGGCAUUGUGGCAUCAGUGAGAAAUGCACACCAAUGAUGCGACGUGGACCUGAAGGGCCAAGAACUCUCUGCAAUGCAUGUGGACUUAUGUGGGCAAAUAAGGGAACUCUGAGGGACCUGACAAAAACUCCCUUGCCUGGACACAAUUCUUCAUUAAAUAGGAAUGAGAAUAAAAGUUUAGGCCAGGCAGGUAGUUCUUAGUUUGGCAAGCGACACUGAUGAUUCAUGAUGUUAGACCUUUACAUAUGGAUCCCAGUACAGACUGAUUCCAUGUAAAAGGAGUGACAGGGAGUGCUUGCCUUAAGGUGUAAAUUGUAAGAGUUGGUUUUACCGCAGUUUAGCGAAAAUCCUGACAUGGGCAUUUUGUAUUUUACCCUUUAUAUAUUUUAGCAGAGGUCCUUUAUUCUUGUUCUGUGACAGACAGCUAAGUGUCUACCCCGGAGAUUUUGAUUAACUUUGGGCUGAUAAUGCUCUCCCUGGUGUUGUAAUUGUUUAAAUGGAACAACUUAAGAGUGUAAGGGGAUUGUUAUUGAUAAUUCCUUUUGUAUUGGGUUCUUUAUGAGCACUUUAAAG